AUGGAAUCUCCUAUAGUGGCUUCUAAUAGCUCUAACGAUACCAACGAAUCCUUAAUAGUUAACGUCACGAACACAUUAGAAACGGACUAUGAAGAAUUACAGCAACAAGUGAUAGCAAAUUUUCAAAAACCCAACUUGCCGAAUGUUAACAUACCAGAAAAAAUUAUUAUUUGUUUAGAUGUUUGUUACGAUAAUCUAAAUUCUAUUUUUAGACUUGGAGAUGGCACUACAUACACGCCAAUUAAUAUGUUGAAACGCGUUCUUGAUUUUUUCAUACAUUCAAAACAUUCAAUCAACAAGAGAACCGAAUUUGCUUUGUUAGUAAUGAAAGACACUGUGCCAUGUUAUAUACAAAAUUUCACUAGUAAUAUUAAAGAAAUUAUCAAUUCUAUUGAUUAUGUAAAUUCUGAAGAAAGUAAAUCUGAAACUUUUGACUUUCAUAAAAUCUUUGAGAUAAUUAAACAAGAAAUAGAAAUUCCAGAAUAUAAACAGUCCGAGUGCAUGAUACCUCCGCCAUAUGUAGUACGUAUGGUAGUUCUCUAUGCUAGAUCUAACUGUAUUCCUUUAAUUACAGAGGAUGAUGCAUAUUUUAACUUUUUGAAGAAACAACUAUAUUUUUAUAUUGAUAUUUUAUAUGCACAUGAAGAAGAUUGUGCCCUAUACAAAUGCGAGGAAGUGUAUUAUGCUCUUCAAAAUUUAGACAAUGGUUACUCAUAUGUUUUUGAAGUAUCUAAAAAUGCCACUAAAAUUCAUGAUUGUAUAGCAAAAUUGCUAGCCCAUCCGUUACAAAGACCUUUACAAAAAAAUACUGAUUACUCAUUUGGAUCAAGGUAC